CUACCUCUUUAUAAGAAGAUCUAGCGAGACCAUUCUUCAUUACUCAUAUCAUCUGCGCCUUCAUCUUCGUCUUCGAUAUCUUCAUCUUUGAUAUUUUCAUUAAUUCCAGGUGCUUUUGAAAAUGGGGAAUAAGAAGAGAAAUUUCGACAUUUCAGGACCUAAACAUCUCAAAGAUAUUGUUGACUGGAACAAUGCAGAUCACCGGAGAUCUGCCAUUUCCAGCUUGGUUCAAGGAGUAUACGUCCUGGAAAGUGAGCGCGAAAAUUCCACAAAUGCUCAACCCUGGUACGAAUCCUUCAAAUUCCAGCUAGUUGAACCUCUCAAACGUGAUGACCAGUCCAUAUUCGGUGCCAUUUAUAAAUACAUUGGCAAAUACCCAGCACCUGAUUCAGACGUACUCCCAAGAUAUGUUAUUGCCUUCCGGGGCACAGUCGACUUCAAGCGUCCAAAUAUAUUGAUAAACGACAUCAUGUUGAACGUCAAAGUCGCACGUAACGAACCUGAAGAGAGCAGUUGCUUUACACUUGCCAUGGAUCGUGUUAAGCGCCUUGUUAAGGAGAAUGGAGCUCCAAAUGUAUGGUUGGCUGGACAUUCUUUGGGGGCAGCUAUAGCAUUAAUCGUUGGAAGAAACAUGAUGUUAAAGCAGAAUUGUUCUCUUGAAGCCUAUCUUUUUAAUCCACCAUACAUAUCUUUUCCCAUAGAGAAGUACUUGGGUACUAGUAUGGUCAAAGACAAGGAGAAACUGGUCCGCAUUGCACGCGGUAUAUUCAAGAUAGGCCUCGCCGUUGCUGCAGAAUGUCAAAUUAAUCCUCAAAUGCAGGAGCAGAAGGCUGACACUUUUUGUUUGUUAUCACGCUGGACUCCUCACCUGUUUGUGAACCCGGGUGAUUUUGUUUGCUCAGAAUAUAUUGCAUACUUCAAUGACAGGCUGGAAACAGGUCCACAAAUGAUGAAGCUCUCAAAAAAGGGCUGUACUACGGUAAAUCUACUCCUACAUUUUGCAUGGGGGAAAGAUUUAAAAGAUGCAAUGCAUCUCCUUCCUUCUGCAGAUCUGACUGUCAAUCAAUCUCGCCCACGCGAAAAAACUGCUGCUAAUGAUUUCAUAAAGAAUUUUAAACGCGCUCAUGAACUUUGCCAGUGGUGGCAUCGUGAAGUUCGCUGCCAAUCAACUCGAUAUGUGUAUUCUACCACAGAGGAUCCCGGCCAGUAAUGGCCAUGAUGGAGUUCUUAAUCAAACACCUUGCAUGCACCAGCGUCUUUUGUAAUCCUGUAUUGAAUAAUGCGGUCCGAGUGUGUACGGUUAAUGGACCCAAAAGAUUACCCAAAAUAAGUGGCGAGUGUGUUUGGACCAAGUGUGUACUAAUGUAUAAUAUUGAUAAAGCUCUCUGAUCUCUGUUCACAUGAUCAGUUGGUUCUAAAUAUAUUUGCCUUAAUAAAAAGCAGA